UCAGGCUCACUUGGUUGAAGACAUCCGCUACUGGAAGAUAUUCUCUUGCUGCUUGCCCACCUCUGGGGCCUCUGGCUUCCAGGAACCCCAGGGAUGCCACUUGUUCAAAUGCUGUAGGCUUUGGCUCCACCAUAAAAGCCAACGCCUCAGAGCAUUUAUCAGGAGGUGCCAUGAAGUAAUAGCAGCGCAGGCCAGGCCAGCCCACCUGUGCCAGCCAUCCUGGGCAGUCCCAUCCCAUCUUCUUCAGGUUCAGGGAAACAGGGAUGUAUGGGCAGGUCACAUCCAGGCUGGAGGACAUUGCAGGGCAGCAGGUUCCCUGGUGAUCCCUUCAGGGUCACCCUGAUGUCAUGGCGGGAAGGGUGGAAAGAGGAUUCCUGAGGUGCCUCUUACCUGACCCAGAGUUAGCCCAAGGCCCUGCAGCUGCAUCCCUUUUCUCUCCUUGGGGGAGGUGUGUGCCGACUGUGCUGUGGUGUGUCUGGAAUAGAGUCAGCUGGGUAUGCGGCCCAGCCGAGGCAGCCAGACUGGGCACUGAGGUCUCCUGCCUGGCUUCUGAGCACUGUCUUCACAGAGCUCCACACAGGACUGGGGGUGAGAGCGGGAGGAAGAGGUCGUCUGCCCCACCGCCUCAAGGGAGGGAAUUGCCCUGCACAGCUAACAGAGGCCAGUGCAGGCUUAAGGGUGAAAGGGCGUCGGCCAUGAAGUGGAAUCCGAUCUCCCUGACAAAGCCCAGCUGGACGGAGCUGCUGGAGCACGAAGUACAACAACUGCUGCCCGCCUUGCUGCUCAGGGACAUCAUCUCUAUUUUCAGUUUCUUAGAAAACUAUAGUGAAUUUGCCAGCACUGAAGAGGUGCUGGACCUGCUGUUUACCAAGGCGAUCUCCUGUAUCCUGGACAUUUGGCUGGAGUACUAUCAGGAGGAUUUUCAUCAGCUCCCAGAAUUUCCCUCCCUGAAAAAGCUGCUGGAAUUCAUGAGGCAGCGCAUGCCAGGCUCAGACCUGGAACACUGUGCCUGGUGUUACCUCAAAAAAUUCAUACACCUCCAUGCAGCGGAGCCAGAGGCUAAGGCUUCAGCCCGAGAACAACACCCUGAACCACCUCAAGAGCCCGCCCCAGCUUCGACUGUGGGGCCUGCUGCACCUUCAGGGCCUGAGGUGAUCGAGCAGGUCCUGGCUGCUGGGGCUGAGGGCUUGGCCCGAACUGAGAUACCGGCUGCUGAGUCGAAGCCCCUGCAGAUAGUGGUCACUGCUCUAUUUCACUGCUCCACCCUGGAGGAGCCACCUGCACCCUUGGCCACCCCAGAGGAGGAGUAGGCCCCGGUGCCUGCAAUCAGGGUCCCCAAAGUGCCAGAGCCACCACCUGCCUCUGAAGCAACUGGCUUCGACCCCUGAGCAACACCCUGAACCACCUCAAGAGCCUGCCCCAGCUCCUACCGCGGGGCGCGUGAUGGGUGCAGCCCAACGGAGGCUUGUACUCCCCUGUCAUUUCACUGUUUCUAUAUUUUGAGUUUUCCUUUAACCUGUAUAGUGGUUUAUGAGUUUUAUUUGUAAU